GGCGGAAUGGAAGAGACCCUGGAAGCUGGCGCUCCGGCAGCUUUUGACUAAAAGAGGCCUUAGUGUGGAAGCUAGCGCUAUCGUUUUUCUUUUCUGGCGUUAUUACAUGUUAAACCAAAAAUAAUAGUAAUUGCAACACGGUGCUCGGCCGGAGUUACCCAGUUCAUUUUUUAUCGUUGCGUCUCUUCAAUGACUGCAAGUAUUGGCAGAAUGGAGACACAGAUGUGCAUUUAUUUAAACUAACUACCAGUCUGGCUCAGAAUAACAGUGAAGUGGAGCUUUGUGGAAGGGGAGGUGGCUCAGCUUAAGGAUGGAGCAGGUGGAGCACACAGGUGCUGGAAGCCCCACACAGUCCCCUCAGCAAAGGUCAGACGUAACAGGUUGCCAGGUCGAAGAGGAGGACAUUGGGAGCACCACACGGAGGAAAAGAAGAAAGAGGGAAUCACGUCCAGAGUCCAUCAUUGUGUACCGCUCUGAGACUGAGAGGGUGGCUGAGGAGGAACCGGGAGGAGAGGAGGCAGCAGAGAAGAGCUUGGAAGAGGGAGAUAAAUUCCUCUCUACCCCCACAGGGGAAGGGGGUUGGAGCUUGCCCGCCGACAGCCGAUACGUGACCCUGACCGGCACCAUCACUCGGGGGAAGAAGAAGGGUCAGGUGGUGGACAUUCAUGUGACCCUCACGGAAAAGGAGUUGCGUGAGCUGACCAGGUCUAAGGAGCGUCUGGAUGCCGAGUGCGAGCACGACGCGGACGCCAAGCGCUCCUGCGGCCUGGGCAUCGGCCAGGGCCCCCACGUGGUGCUAUGGAGCCUCUCCUGCGCCCCCGUGGUCUUCCUCCUGUCCUUCAUCACCUCCUUCUACUACGGCACGCUCACCUGGUACAACGUCUUUCUGGUGUACAACGAGGAGCGGACGUUCUGGCACAAGAUCACCAUCUGCCCCUUCCUGAUCAUCUUCUAUCCGUUGCUGAUCAUGGCGGUGUCGCUCUCGUUGGCGCUGUACGCCGCCGUGGUCCAGGUGUCCUGGGCCUUCAGGGAGUGGUGGCUGGCCGUCAGGGACCUGGAGAAGGGCUUCUGCGGCUGGGCCUGUGGGAAGCUCGGUCUGGAGGACUGCUCUCCCUACAGCAUAGUGGAGCUGCUGGACUCCAACACCAUCUCCGGGAGCCUCCAGAGCAAGGCGACCGACGAGAGCCUGCAGACCACAUCCGUGUGACCAAACCAACGUGAUACCGCAAAUACUCCGGGGGUUGGCCACCCUCCACAGUGCAAGGUCCAUGGGAUGUCUCCUCCUAGCCUCUAUAGUUUUAAGUUCCUCAGAAAAUGUUUUUAUUUUUUUUUAUUUUUAAAGGUACUGGUAACAUCUCUGUUAACAGAACAAGCACAAUUCAGACUAUUUUAAAGAAUUUUCCAUGUGGGUGUUCGCCAUACAAGUCAGAGAGUGUGUGUGUGUGUGUGUGUGUGUGUGUGUGUCUUUGGGAAGGGAGGGCAGGGUGUGUCUAUUUUACUGUGAACUUUUUUAAAGCUUGGUAUUUUUUCAGAAGCUAACAAAGGCAGUGUUAUUGAACGCAAGAUACUUAGAUUUCAGUGCUUUCCUGUCCUGUUGUGAAUAUGGGUUUGGAUCUUUGUAUUUUACCAUUUGUACAAUUUUCCUUUAAUCAUCAGAUGGUAUGCCUACUAACUCUCCCACAGGAGCUUAAUUUGAAUUACUACUAUACAUUCUUGCAUUGCUGUUUACUCCAUACACUGGACAACUAUAAUUUACAUUAUUCAUUGGGUGCAUGUAACAUCAUUAUAAAUAUUUAUUUGGGAUUCACAUCGACAACCAUUAAGCUUCUGAAAUAAUAUGUGCAAACAUGGUCGCUGAAUACAUGCUACUUUUGUAUGUUUUAUGUAUUUUAAUUUUCAUCCUAGCCAUAUCACAUAUAGGACCCUGAGUUUUGUUUUGUAAACAUAACCUAGCAAGCAUUUAACCUUAUUCUUGUGGCAUCAUUGUGGGCACUAACUGAUGGCAUUUGGUUUUCAAUACUAAUUACACAAGAGUGAAACUGAAAUAUACUAUAAGAUGGUACAAACUGUAAGGAGCAGUCAAAAUGCAGUCAUAAUCAAUUUUACUAUUUUCAUUAACAUGAACUGUAAGACAUAGAAUAACAUUAAACAGUUGGAGAGUAAAUGGUAAAAAACUGCAAUCUGUAGAGGUUAGGCUACUAUACAAAACAUUUUUAUUUUUUCAAUCCAAAAUUAUAGGUUUGGAAUUAAAUGGGCUGAUGUCCUCUUUUUCUCCAAUCAUUUCCUCUUUUUGGGACCAAAAAUAUCUGUCCAGGUAGGAUUCCUAAAUUGUUAAAGGUGGCUUUAACUUACUUUUUCUUUUUAAGUUAUUAUACAAAUGAUCUGUUUGCUGUUAUUGAGUCUGAAAGCCAGCUGCCCCAUUACAGCUUUUCAAUUGAAUUGAAUUGAAUUGAAUUGAAUUGUAUUUGUAUAGAGCUUUUAACAAAGUCACAAAGACGCAUUGCAGAGUAGCAGAAGGGCAAGCACCAGGCACGAACCCCCCAAAUAGCAAGCACAUGACCAGGCCUUUGCAUCCAUGUCGACAUUCCAGGUCUAAAGGGUGUUGGUCUCAUUUAUGCAUUUGGAACUUAAGCACACCCCACAUCUGCCUGCAAAGUGUUGGGAGUGUCAUUUUAAUAAUCCAAUUAAUUUGAGAAUGGUGCUGCAGCAUAACAUUUACCUUAUUUUCCAUUGGGCUCUAUUUAAGCUAUUUAUUUAAUUUAUUUGAAUUGGAAGCACACAAGUUCCUCCCAGGUAAUGUUAAAAGGGACCUCCGAGUUCCUACUGUAGCUGGGCCAUGGGGGGACUAAAGUAGGGCAAAACGCCAUCUCUUAUUUAUGUGAAGGCUAGCAUGCAUGGAUAACUCAUUGCACAUUCACUUUAACUGACAUGAUCAGGGCACUAAGGGUAGGUCUGUUCUCUUCAGGAAUUAGUAAGGGACCUGGUUGGUGGAGCUCAUAAUUUACUUAUAUUUAAGAAAUACAUUUAUUUUUUAUCAGAGUUCUAAAUGUAGGACUCAACAUGAAUGUUGGGAGCUUUCGAAAAAUUCAUGUUCAAAUCAUAGCAGGCAGUGAACUCAGAUUGUGUGCACACUGCACAGUGAUUUAAAGAGAAUUUUAAAAAGGCCCAGGUAGAUGGCCAUAAACACAUAGUUUAUAUUUGUCUCACAGACCCAGGUCACUGAGACUUACACUACUCAUAUAAUCCUUAUUUAUACCCUGUUGUCUUAACCCAGAGCUAUAAUUCACAUAGAUUUGUCUGUAAAGUGUGCAUAUUUGUAAUUAAUGGGUGUUUUAUUUAUUUAGCUUCUUUAAUAUUCUGCACAUGUAUUAUUUAAUACAAUAAAAUAAAAUAAAAAACGA